GGGCCUGCGGGCGGCAGGGGCGAAGGCGGCGGCGGCGGCGGCGGCGGGCUGGACCCCCAGUGUGGAGCGACAUCAAGGAUUGUUGGGAAAUACUGAGAGAAAAGUGCCUCCGCAGGGGCGGAGAUCAGUGACUGCCCUGUUGCGAUGACCGAUACAUUUUGUCUAAUGCAAUGGCGCGGACCAAAAUGAGAAAUUUCUGUCGCUGAUUGCAAAAUAAAAAAGAGGCAGGCAGCAGACCGAGGGCUGCGGGGCGAAAGAUGGACCCCUGUGAGGAUCUAGAAAUGUCCAGCGGUGAGGCUCGGGACUCUAGGGGGAACGGGCUUAACGAACUCGGAGGACCACCGGCCGGCGGGUCGGCGGCCCUGGGGGAAGAGUCGGCCGGGACGUGGAGCCAGAAAUACCGAUUGCAGAGCAAAUACGAGGAGAGCAGCAACAGUGAACAGCAAGAUCGAAACAGAGUUUCUGAAGAACUGAUAAUGGUUGUGCAAGAAAUGAAAAAAUACUUCCCCUCGGAGAGACAGAAUAAACCAAGCACUCUAGAUGCCCUCAACUACGCACUUCGCUGUGUGCACAGUGUACAAGCCAACAGUGAGUUUUUCCAGAUUCUCAGUCAGAAUGGAGCAUGUCGAGCAGAUGUGACCAUGUGCAGUCUCGAGGAGCUGGCCACGAUUGCUUCAGAACACACUUCCAAAAACACGGAUACCUUUGUGGCAGUUUUUUCAUUUCUGUCUGGAAGGUUAGUGCACAUUUCUGAACAGGCUACUUCGAUCCUGAAUUGUAAGAAAGAUUUCUUGGAGUCCUCUCAUUUUGUUGAACUGCUUGCCCCUCAAGAUGUGAGGGUGUUCUACACACACACUGCCCAUGCUCAGCUUCCCUUCUGGAACAACUGGACCCAAAGAGCAGCGUCGCAGUAUGAUUACGCCCCAGUGAAGUCCUUUUUCUGCAGGAUCCGUGGAGGUGAGGACAGAGAGCAAGAGAAACCUUACCACCCAUUCCAGGUCAUCCCCUAUUGGAUUCACGUCCAUAGCUCUACCCAGCAGGAAUCUGAGCCUUGCUGUCUCACCCUGGUUGAGAAGAUUCACUCUGGUUAUGAAGCUCCUCGCAUCCCAGUGGAUAAAAGAAUUUUUACCACAACACACACCCCAGGGUGUGUUUUUCUUGAAGUAGAUGAAAGAGCAGUGCCUUUGCUGGGUUACCUACCUCAGGAUCUGAUUGGAACAUCUAUCUUAAUGUAUCUGCACCCAGAGGAUCGUUGUCUGAUGGUCACCAUACACGAAAAAGUUUUGAAGUAUGCAGGCCAUCCUCCCUUUGAACAUUUACCCAUUAGAUUUUGUACUCAAAAUGGAGAUUACAUCAUACUGGAUUCCAGUUGGUCCAGUUUUGUGAACCCAUGGAGCCGAAAGGUUUCCUUCAUCAUCGGUCGGCAUAAAGUUCGAACGAGUCCACUGAAUGAGGAUGUUUUUGCUACCCGAAUAAAAAAGAUGAACAAUAAUGACAAAGAUAUAACAGAAUUACAAGAACAAAUUCACAAACUUCUCUUACAGCCAGUUCACAUGAGCACUUCCAGUGGCUACGGAAGCCUGGGAAGCAGCGGGUCUCAGGAGCAUCACAUCAGCGUGGCAUCCUCUAGUGAGUGCAGUGGGCACUGUGUGGAAGAGACGCAGAAGGAACCGAUGACUUUGCAGCAGGUCUAUGCCAGUGUAAACAAAAUAAAAAAUGUAGGUCAGCAGCUCUACAUUGAGUCAAUGACCAAAUCGCCAAAGAAGCCAGUGAUGGGGACGCACAGAGGACAGCUUGGCGAUGAGCAGAGGACCUUUUCUUCCUUCCAGACAUUGAAAAACAAUAACAUGUACACUGAGUCUUAUGAGGAUUUGAGAAAAGAGCAGCAUAGUCCAUCCUAUCAGCAAAUAAACUGUAUUGAUAGUGUUAUCAGAUACCUGAAGAGCUACAACAUUCCAGCUUUGAAAAGAAAGUGUAUAUCCUGCACCAAUACAACUUCAUCCUCAGAAGAAGACAGACCAAACCUCAAGGCAGAAGAUGUUCACACGUUGCAAGCUGUUGCUCAGAUCCCAGCCAUACCUAAACCAGAAAUGCUGCCCGACAGACAGUCCGCGGACGCUGAAGGAGGAGCUCCGCGGACCCUGUCCACGGUGGCCCUGAGCCCGGGGUCUGGCAUGAGCCAGCGCAGUUACAGCAGCACCACUGUUCACGCCCCACCACCGGAGUCAGCAGAACUGACUCCAGCAGAGGAUGGUACCCCAGGAUGUGAGCCUGGGAACCUAAGCACAUCCCCGGCCUCGCCGACGUCGGAGGCAUUUAGACACAUAGGGCUCACAAAGGCUGUUCUGUCAGCCCACACGCAGAAGGAAGAACAAAAUUACGUUGAUAAAUUCCGGGAAAGGAUCCUGUCUUCACCCUACAGCUCCUACCUACAGCAAGAAAGCAGAAGCAAAGCAAAGUACUCAUAUAUUCAAGGAGAUUGUACGUCCAAGCAGACCAGAUCUGCUGGCGGCAGGAAGGGGAAGCCCAAGCGUAAGAAGCUGCCUCUGCCACCAGACAGUGGCAGCUCCAAGGACAGCUUCUGUCACUGCCUCAGAGGGGAGGCCCAGGCCGGGCGGCCCGGGGGCCCUUCCCCACCCCGUGCUCCCCGUGGCUCUGGCCUGCCGGGCCCGGCUGCCGUGAUGGUUCCCAGCCAGACCCCUUAUCUCGUGCCAACCUUUUCCCUCCCUGCCGCGGCCUCCCUGGGAGGGGAGCAUGGAGCCUCAGGGGCUGCGCUCAAGUGUCUGCUGAAGCCACCUUUGUCCAGUGGCUGGCAAUCUUUUCCAGCUCUCCCUGCCCCUUACUUGGAUACUUUUAUGGCCAUUUUCCUGCAUGACCCACCUAUCUAUCCUCUGUUUUUACCAUCAUUCUCUCCGUAUCCACUCUUGGGAGCCGCACGCUCUUCUGAAAUACCACCCUCAGUAUCAGCAAUGCCUCUAGACCUGGAACCACCCCCUUCAGUUAUCAGCCAAAGGAGAGCUGAGGACAAAUGGGGGGCACAGGGUCAAGAGCAUCCCUUGAUCCCCUCGGGGACCAGCUCCCCACUGCAGCUCAACUUACUGCAGGAAGACAUGCUCAGAUCCUGUGCAUCUUCAGAGCAGCAGGGUGUUACAGGCCGCCUGGAGACUGGGAGCAGGCCCCGUGCUGCCAGUGGGCUGCCCGCGGCAGUGCUUCAGGCGCCCCCAUGUGCUGGCGCUGCAGCUUCAGGAAGCAAUGACAGCAGUACGUACUUUGCUAGGAGUCAUUCUUCUUCUGAAAUCACCCAACGUGGGCAGCAGCCUCUGGAUGUGCAGAAACAAGGAACAUUUCCCAGUUUAGCUGAAGAGUCCCUCUGGGGAAUGAUAAAGCAGACGCCCGAGUGCGUUCUGAUGACCUACCAGGUGCCUGAGAGGGCUGUGUCACCUGUGAAAACAGAGAUCCAGUUGGUGGCAGUGCAGAGUCCUGUGGACGGGAUCCAGCGGGAAGCAGUGGCUGAGGGAGCGCGAAGUCACCCGCACACCCGCCAAGGCCUGCUGGGCAGCUGGACCUCGUCGCCUAUCUCUUCAGACCCAACCCUAAGUGACUGUGAAGUCAUCACUGAAUGUUAAGGUUUUUUCCCUUGACUUUUAAUAGACAUCAUUUUUCUGAAGCAGACAUUGUAAGUAGCAUCUUUUACCCUGUUCCUGAUGGGUUAAAGCUGUCAGUUGGGCUCUUUUUCUAGGUUAGCUGUCUUCUGAAGAUAUUGGAUGACCUCUAAAGAGGCGCGUGUAUACAGCGGAACUCACUUCAGGUGUCCUCUAAAAUAAAUUAUAACUGCAAGUCUAGAAAGCCAGAGAGAGCCCCAAACCGCAGCUUCAUUAAUAUUGUUUUUAUUGUUACAUAAACCAUUUUCUCUGUUGGAACAGGCUGCAUGCUGCUCACAAAGGCUUCCAUAAAUUGAGUGCAUCCAUCUAGUCUGCACAGCUGAUGCUUCCCCUCCGUAAUUCAGUUCAGACAUUCCAGGUUUCUCAUAAUACAACACAAGUCACUUUAGUGUUUACCAAUAUUAAAAUAUAUUGCCCAUUGGCAUACUAGAAAUACCUAGUUUUUAAGGUUUUAUUUUGACCUUCAUUCCUGUAGAUGCCUUUUCUUUUGAUUUUCCACCUUCCACUGAAAUUCUGAAAGUCUUCAAAAUCCAAUCCGCUUACAAAGCUUAUUCCUUGAAGAGUUUAAAUUAGCUUUUGUAGAUGUAAUGUUAGAAUAAAAAAGCUUCUGACUCAUCCAGUGGGGUAUGUAAUGUUUUUGUUUUUAAAAUAACAAUUGUAAAAUGUUUCAAAAGUUAUGUGAAAAUUAAUAUUGUUCUUAUAUGUAUAUGUAUUUAAAUUUUGUCUUACCAAAACCAACAGUUAACUCUUUCCAACCAUUUUACACAAAAGAGGCCUCUCCAUCCCUGUCAGAGGUGUGACUGGCCCUGCCUUUUGUCGCCCUACGGAAGGGGAAUGUCCCGAAGGGGCUGGGUCUGCAGGGGCUCUGUCGGCUAAGCCAAGGGAGACGCAGUAUCUGCCCUGAACCACUUGUGUCUUUUAAUAAUUGAGUGGGUUGUUUACUUGGUAACUCAGCUUCGUCUCUUCAAGGGGUCAGCGAUUUCUUCUCAAACGUGGAAUGACAUAUGCAGUUCACACUCCACAGGUGUCAAAAAGGAAGGGAAGAAGAUGAAGGUUGCAGUAACCUUUCAUCUUUUAUACGACAUCAACAAACCAACUUAUUUUUCUUUUUUGUGAGUGUGUUCUUUUUUGUUUUUGUUUGUUUUAAGAAAAUAUUUCUUCCCUCCUUUUAAGUUUACACCUUUCUAUAAAAUGCAUCCUCAUGAUAAUUGCGAGAAUCGACCUUUUUAUCCAUGGUGACUGCUGGACCCUGAUUCUAGAUUUCUUUGCUCUUUAAAGUAGUCAUUCCCUGGAAGGUAAUUCUCCCUUAACCAUUUCCAAAUGCUGCCUGUGACAUUUCUUGGAAUUUUCUAAUAUUAAGCAAUUCCAUGCAAAUAUUCCUAUUUUAUGAAUAGAGAAGUCUCAUAUUCUGCUCCAUCUUGAUUGUUAGAUGAUUUCAAUCCCUCAUUGUGUUGGCCAAGUUAUGUGGUAUUUUUGCCCUCGAUGAAAAAUCAAAUUUUAAAAAAUUAACCAGCCUGGAUAUUGUCUGUCAGUAAUCACUGUGACCUUCUGUAGUGAUGAAAAUUUUAAUUUGUGUAAAUCAGAACUGAAUGUAACUAUCAGAGGACGUUGUGCAUUUGUGUAGCAUAUUUCAAACCUUAUGUUCCCUGAUAAUAUAUGCCUUUGCUUUCCAUUCUUUCUAGGUAUUUGUUUUACCUAAGUCUGCUUUUUCUUUGCCUUAGGACACAUUUAAUGGGCUGUGUAUUAUAUACUAGGUUUGAUUUGAAACUGGUGCUUGUUGUAGGUCUGUAAAACCAUUUAUAAUUCUCGUAUUUUAUAAGUAGAUUCAUUGGUGUGUUUAGAGAUUGGACAGCAUUGCUCCUGCUGCUGAACGUGAGCAGGGCCUCAGCGGCGACAGCAGCCGCCCCCCAAGGGGGCUUCACCCAAUUUUAAACUUUGUUGUUCAAGUUUAUUAACCUUUUGUAUUAAUGACUAUAGAAUUGCUAAUAAAGAUGUAUAUUAUAGGCUUCAAUGUUUACAUAAAUGUUACCCAAAAGGCUGUAUUUUAAGAGGUCAGGAUUUAUGAACAACAGAAUUCUGCAUGAAUGGAGUUGCUUCUCAGUAAGUGAAACAUCAUUGUAAUUCACAAGGCAAAUUUAAUCCAAAUUGAAAUUUUGUUUCAACCAAAUUUAUAAUUAACUGUGUGGAUUUACUUGUUUUUAAUGGUUAAUAGUAUUUUAAUUGGGUAUCUUUUUUUAAGUAAAGUCAAUAAAUAAACUGUGUACAUGUAAAACUGGGUAAAUUUUUCUUGCAGUGUUAACAAACCUUGCCCUGAAUAUGUAUUUUAUGUCAUUUAGAAAUAUUUAUUAAGCGAUAUUGACUGGUACUCAGAUUAACGCUGGUUUUCCCAGCAGUACUUUGUGUAAACAUUGCCAGGGGCAUCCAAGCUCCUUACUGUGUGGAAGAUACAGGCAUUUUCAAGUUCAUUAUCUUACUGAAUCCUCACUUCAGCACUGUGAAGAAUUUACAGGGUCCUGAACAUAUAUAUGUCUUUUUAAUACUAAUUUUAAUGCCUAAUUUAUAAAAUUCAGCUAUCAAAAUUACUUUUCAGAUUCUGUAGAGAAACCUACAGUUCCUCAGAAAGUCUGAGUAACUGGCAGCAACAAAUCUCAAAACUAAAAUAUGGAACAAGAUCCUUAAGCCAACAGGAACUUACAGUGCUACACCUUUCACAUCAUUUGCACCUUCCUGUAACAAAUGAUCCUACCACCAAGAAGGAAAAAUACCUGAGUGCUUAUUGAGUGUGUCCUACUCUAGCAGGGGCUAUUCAGGGCUUUCCGUGAAAAAUCUCGUGUAAUGCUCACUUUCACCAGUGAAAUAACAUUGUUUUUAUCCUCAUUUUACAGAGAAGGGCACCGAGGUGGAGGGAAUCAAGUAACUUGGUCAAGGACUCACAGCUGUGCUUGGGAGCCAUGACUUGGACCCAGUAAAUCUGCCUGCAGAUCCCCAUCUGUAAGAAUAAUUGCCAGAACUGCCUGACACCGCUGGGACAAGGGAGGGAGUGUAGAGUCACACGGCAGGGGACCUCCACCUCAUGUUCUUUCAGGUAUCAUAAAGAUAGAAUGGUUUUGUGGUUCCAACGCUCUGUUAGAGAAUGACUUUUAGUCUAUUUCAACAGGGAAAGAGACCUCAGCAUUACUGCAGCUCUGCUUAACACCAGCACGCUUCUGAGAUUAUGCAUCUAUCCCAGUUUAAAAUGUCCUUCCCUGCAGAUUUGUUCUUUAUGUCUUAAAUAAGCUGAGUGAAAGGAUUAUCAGACCUGUGUGCUGUAGGAAGUUUUUAAUGUGUGUUGGCAAGGUCGGUACCAACUGUGUGGCUGUUUGGUAGCAGCUCUGACACAUCAUUCCCCCAAGUAGAGUGUGGCUGCUAGCCCCAGGUCCCCAUUAGAAGCUGAGCUCUCCCAGUCAACUGUUCUGGGCUGGAAGCUACACAGGGCUCCCAGGAGCUCACCGUUGGUAUGCUGUAUACACAUACAAGCUGCAUUUAUACAGACAUAUUAAUGGAAUAUAAGUUAGUAUGUACACACACACAUAAAGUGGUUUUUAAUUUAAAACAACAGGUUAUUUCUUCCAUUCCACAAUCUUAAAUCCCACCUCGCCCUCUUCUCUCCACAAGAAACAGAUUAGGAAGGCACUUAUCUAGGUUAAGCCAACUGAGACCCUUGAGCCCACAGGAACUGAGUCUAAACAUGUUGCAGUAUUGAGAGAGAGAAAGUUCCAAGGUUUUGAUCCUUUGGUCAACUAAGGGACAGCAGAGCUGAGCACGUGAAUUUCCCGAUCAGGAACAGAAUUCAGACUGUUCCCCAUCUGCAUCCUUAGGAAACCUUCCCUCUAGAGAUAUUUCCACACUAAGAUACUGGACUUUUUAAAGUAAUAACUUAUGUUGUCAUUUUUAAGGAUUGAGAGAACAUUAUUAUAGCUAAGAUAGUUUAUUUAAAUGAUUUGCAACUUAACUUUUAACUAAAUUUUACUUUCUUGACUGUAUCUUAGUAUUUGCAUCUGUUCAUUUAGUGGCUUUAAAUUUUCAGAGAAUUUAUCUUUAUGGAUAAAUUGAUGGAAACAAAAAUUUAAGAAAAUCAGGGCAUGUUUAGAAGUAAAAUAACCACUCGUGAUAUUUACAAAACAGAGAGGGUUUAUUUUUUCCAAAUAAUAAUGAACAGGGUAUAUAGUUUGCCUAGUUUUUCUUCUAUACUGUGUUCAAAUCAAGCAUUUUUAUUUUUAAUUUUCUAAGAUGGUUGUUUGAGUUGACAAGUAGAUGUACAUUUUCCUUCAGACACAAUAUUUCCAGAAGCAUUCAGAGGAAGGUCCACGUUUCUGAGAUUGUUUCCUGAUUGUGGCCAAAAGAUGACCCAGUGAAAUGUUAGGAGCUUCUUGAGAAAAAGCCUGAAACUAAAACAAUACAAACAAAAAUAUAGGUUAUCCAUGAAUUAAGACUCCUACGCAAAAAAGGACCUCUAGCAAGCAUACAGGGCCUUAAGGCAAUGUGUGCCAUCUCCAGGGUCGAGUGUUUACAGAGUAUAUUUUUACAAGGAUGCUAAUGGGUGCUACAUGUCCUUGGUCAAAAUGUUUAGGGAAUGCUUCAAGUUAACUAAGUUUAUCUCGUGAAUUCCUGGAGGCUUUAAUGUGCUGAUACACGCAAGGACUCGCCCAGACAGGAGGGGCUGGAACACACCAUGCACUUUGGGUCAUAGGACACAUAUGCCCAGGGGACCCUUUAGGAACACUUAAGUGUUUGGGUUGUUGAUAAUGAUCAAAUACAGAUUUUUCUUCCAGCAUUUAUGGUCCUCCAUUAAUUGCACGCUGUCUCUGGCCAUCUGAUGGCGUUCCUCUUUCCUUCAUGGUCUUUCCACUAAAACCCACACAGUCUGCUGCAUAUUCUGCUGUGCUGCACGUCUUCCAUCUCUUCCUCCACUUAGGUGCUGUACUGCGGUGCUUUUCAAACUGAACGUGAUCACCUGGGGGUCUCAGGACACAGGUUGUGCUCCCAUAGGUGCUGGGGUGGAGGAUGGGAUAGUCUGCAUUUCUCACAAGCUUCCCAGUGAGGCCAGUGCUGCUGGUCUGUGGGCCACAUGAGCGAUGACAAAUGAGCCAGCACGGUGGGUGACAGACUUGACAGCAGUGAUCUUAUCUUUUUUGUUCUCUUAAACUUGUUAUAAACUUUAUCCAAACAGGAACCGGGUAAGUUCUUGUGUUCAUAUUUUAUAUGAAUCAAAAUUUGGAAAAAUGAAUGCUUUUAAAUCACACUGGCAAAAUAUUUUCAAGUGUAAUUCUAACCAAGAACACUUGUCUAGCUCAUGGAUUCCGGACGCUCUAAAAUCAAGGUAUAGGCUGCACACACACCUUUCGUACCUAACUCAUAACUAGAAUUGCUUACCUUUCUCAUACUUCCCCUUGGGUUAAAAAUGUUGGUCCUGAGAUCUGGAAAACAAUAUUUUGAAACCAUUCAUCACUAGCUCUACUCUAUUUUAUGUUUGUUCUAUUUAAAACACACAAAAUAAAAUAUUACUAAAUCA